AUGAAUCUUCAACGACCGUUCCCUGACAACGUUCUAUUCUGCAUCUUCCAACAAUUUCCCGAUAAUGAUGCAGGCGAAGAUGCGCUAUGUUCAUGUACCCUCGUUAACAGACAAUGGUUUUCAAUCGCCGCAAAGCUCUAUUGGCGAAGACCGUUCAGUUCGACCUCAAAGACAAAACGAGGAAUGGUCAGUGUCAGGGCAUUUCUGAGUCUAUUGAACAGUGUCGAAAGACGUGAGAUUCCGGUCAAGCUACUACUACCAGAAAAAUGGACAAACCCUACUAUAGCGUAUCCGUCGUAUGUAAAGGAUCUUGACAUCUGUGGUCUUAUCCAUGAUGUAUAUGAAUGGCUAUGGUUACAGUUAGAUAAACUGUUACCAAAGAAAAGAGUAAUGGUCAUCUAUUCCUCUGUACAUGCUAUAUUAAAAAUGCUUAAAAGAUACUCUGUCAAUUUGAACACUUUGAUAAUACAUAAGACAGAUUUCCUACAUGAAGUCGAUGAUAUUUUACAAGUUCUACUUGAUCCAGAAAUUCACGAAUUAGUUUUACCCAUUCGAUCAUUGAGGGUCUAUGUAAACGCUUAUUGGAAUAUGAAAGUGGCAACGCCAAUACUGUCUCUCGUCAACGAUUGUAAAUUCAUCACUCAAUUCAGCAUAUCUAUUGAACGUACAAAACAUACCCCUCGUCUGCUCACGAAGUUUAUUCGAACGCAUCCUGGCUUUGAAGUUCUUCGACUUCGUUUGUUUUUCAUUUACGAAGCACGAGCAUUUAAGCAAAUAGUCUCGACUAUAGCAUUCCACUCCAAGACAUUGCGACAUUUAGAAUUGGCAUGGAUUGACUUUUGUGGUUCAGGACCAUUGCAUAUGAUUGCUGCUUGUCAACAGCUGGAAAUUUUGAAGAUAAUGAUGUGUAGGAAGAUUUCUGCUAAAGCGGCCGAGCCGUUGAUUAAUGCGAAAUUUCCGUGUUUGAAGAGCGUUGAGGUUUCCGGGUGCGAUUGUCCAGAGCUUGAACAAUGGGCACAAAUUGUUAAUGAAAGGAACUGUAAGGAUUUACUUUAA